AUGGCAAAGCUAGUCUAUCUCGCUGUCGAGAUUCUUCUGCAUAUUCUGGGAUAUCUCAGCAAGUCGACACUGAAUUGUUUCAGCCAAGUAUGCCGGCACUUCUACUGCAUUUCCAACUCGACACUUUACAAGAAGAACACAGCCGGAGCAUUAUGGCAAGCAACUGAAACAGGAAACGUCAAAACCCUACGCAAGCUGCUAGAAUAUUGUCCACGGACCGAAGGGCAUGAUCCGCUAUAUACCAUAUGGAGCCCCCUUGGUCACACACCAAUGUCAGCAGCGGUAUACGGUGGAAGCGCAGAAGUAAUCCAGACCCUCAUAGACAGCGGUUUCGACCCGACUACUAAAGACAGAAACGGCUAUACACCCCUCUCCCUGGCAGCAUUGUAUGGCCAGACUGAUAUAAUUGCAAUUUUGUUGAAGACUGGCAUUGAUCCGAACCAGAAAGACAUGUAUGGUAGAACUCCUUUAAGCUGGGCUGCCGAGUAUUGUCAGUUAUAUGCUGUGAGGAUAUUGUUGAAUUACGGUGCGGAUCCUGAGUGUCAGGAUGAUGAUUAUUACAUCGUUGAAGCUAGGGCUAGGCAAGAAGGGCUUUAUCUAGUGCCUCUCUUCUUGAUGAACCAUGAACGGUUAUAUAAGAAACCCAUCCCUCGGAAGCCUGUAGAGUGGGCCGAGCGAAAUGAUUGUGCGGCUGUUGUUGAGCUGCUACAGCAUACAUACAAAGGGAUAUAA